AUGGGAAGAGUUCCUUGCUGCGACAAGAAUGGACUCAAGAAGGGUCCAUGGACACCAGAAGAGGACCUUAAACUCAUCAACUAUAUUCAGAUUCAUGGACCAGGCAAUUGGCGAACCCUUCCUAAAGUUGCUGGUCUACAAAGAUGUGGCAAGAGUUGUCGCCUUCGAUGGACAAAUUACCUAAGACCCGAUAUAAAGAGAGGGAGAUUCUCCUUAGAAGAAGAAGAUAUUAUUAUUCAAUUGCAUAGUAUCUUGGGAAACAAAUGGUCAGCUAUUGCAGCAAGGUUGCCAGGAAGAACUGACAAUGAAAUAAAGAACUAUUGGAACACCCACAUUAAGAAGAGGUUGCUUCGAAUGGGAAUUGACCCAGUUACUCACACUCCACGUCUAGACCUGUUUGACAUGUCCUCUAUCUUAAGGUCAGUGUUGGGGAACCCCUCCCUUUUGAAUACGCAAGGUUUAUUGGGUGGCCAAGUUUUGAUGAACCCGGUGUUGUUAAAGCUGGUUGCCGCUGCCUCUCUUUUAUCAAUCAAGAACACUGAAGACCCAGAUUUGGCUCCACAGAAUCAUGUACAAAGCCAAGUUGCCCCACCACUAGAGUUUACUCAAACAACCAAUGUAGAAGGCUUCUUGGGUAACAUGGCAAACUUGAGUUGUUCAAGUUCUUCACCGAAUUCAACUCCUUCCUCUCUUGGAGAGAACCUUGUUUUGCAACAAAACAAAGUUGACUUGUUGGGGGACCCAGAUUUGGUCCACUUAAUGCACAAUAUUAAGCAAAACAUGGGCUAUGAUGACUCGGUUCUGACUACACCUGUAUCAAACCCAAACCAGUUGAAUUCGUCAUCCACGUAUGUGAACAGUGGCAUGGAGGAAGAGAGGGACAACUAUUAUAAUGACUUGUUCAAGUUUGACAUUCCUGAGGGUUUGGACAUUAGUGAAUUUUUUUGUUCUGUCCCUCUAACUAAUUAA